GCCCAGUCUUUCAAUUCCAGAGUUCAUCAAAUUCUUAUGAACAUGUUCCCUGCUCACAAUGUAUGAACUCUAUAGCUGUAGUUUAUUACUACUAGCUUCUUGUUCACUUCAGUAAGGCAAACACAAAGGGGGGGUAGUGAAAAUGAAAACCUGAGUGAUCGUGGUUAUGUUAACCCUUUAAUGUGACUGGGCUGCCCCACACUCUAAGUGAACUUGAAGCGACCCAAUCCCCUUCCUACCGACAGGAAUAGCUGCCACUGACUCGCUGGGAUUUACAAGCAAAGCAAGCGCCGCGCCGUUCGUCCUGAGUCAACCGUUUUCAGUCAUCCUAUGGGUGCAGUGACGACUGCGAAAUACGACGAUGACGUCAGCAGUGUGGGUAAUUGAGGCACUUCUCGUCAUCUAUAUGACUCUUUGUGAUGAAGUCACGGCACAAACAUGGUACUCAUCAGCAGAAAUCUCCGUGGUGGGAUGCCCCCAUGGUAUCUCGGUUCCAACUGAACUAGGACGGUCUUGGGCAAUAGUCGUCUGGAUAAUUCCUCGUUUCAUCGACCUGGACGGAGUGGAGGUAACACCGACUAAGGUUACCCACAACCCCGGAGAAAGGUUUCCUGUUGGCACUCAUGAUGUUAGGUACUCAAAGGUUGACGGAACCCACAAGGUUACGUGUAGUUUCGUGGUGCGAGUUGAUGACGAGGAACCACCCAAAAUCACAAACUGUCCAUCAGACAUCACCAUACCUGCUGACUCCGGAAGUACUUCUAGGUCAUCAGUCACGUGGGAUGUACCCAUAGCAACAGACAACUUUCUGUUGAAGAGUUUUGAGUCUUCAUCUUCCAUUGCUUCGUCAUUCCCGAUGGGUUACACACCGGUAUCGUAUAAGGCCAUGGAUCUCAAUGGCAACCAAGCUGAAUGUACGUUUAAUGUGGUAGUAACUGAUGACGAGAAACCACUUUUAGAAGGAUGUCCGGUGGAGGCCUUAUCGUACGUCUUCCCAACAGAGACUUCUGGCGCCGUGUCGUGGACCGAACCACGAGGAGUUGACAACUCUGGACCACCGAGAAUCAUCAGCACUCAUGCCCGUGGUGAGGUCUUUCCUCUCGGCAGGACCGAGGUGGUGUAUACCGCUACAGAUGCAGCCGGGAACGUAGCCACUUGCUCAUUUCAAGCAAUUGUCAAGGUUGAAAUUCCAGGCGACAAGAUCUUUCUAAACAACUACUCGAGCACGGAGCUUGAGAUCACCUGGCCACAACACGUCAACAAGAAGGCCUCUAGCUACCUCAUCUACGCUUGGCCAGUUGGAAGUGACCAACCACUGGCCUCGGACCACUUGUAUCAUCCAAUCAACCGGCGGGAAAGUUUUACCACGCGUACACUGCGUGGUCUCUCUCCCGGUGUUGAGUACAAGAUCCAAAUCUACGUCACUGGAGUCGGAGAUUCGUUGAAGACAAAGAUAAGAACAAGGCCAAGCAUUCCCACUAGUUUUAGUUACGAAGAAGACACCUUAGACUCCACCUCAGUUGUCCUUAUUUGGAAACCAGGCGGUGGAUAUUUCGACCAAUACCAGAUCUCCUACCAGGAAGCCUGGAGAGAAACAGUCACAGAGCUGCGUCCAUUGGAUAAGGGCGUCGUCAAGUAUUACGUCACUGACUUAGACCCAGAGACUUCAUUGGUCUUUAGUCUGGUCGCUGUCAGCGGUGUUGGCGAAUCGAAGACGAUAAGUAACGCAAGGAAUCUCACUUUAACCACAGCCCCCCUGCCACAAUCUCGAAUUCUCCUGCAAAAAGUAACCGCAAGCAGCGUUCAAAUUUUAGUUCGUCUCAUGAAAACCACUCCCCCACCGACACCGAGCUCAGUCGAACAUCGUCACGUGAUCCACCCACAACCUGGUAGUCUCUACCGUCCGCUGAUAGACGUGAUCCACCGACAACCUGGUAGUCUCUACCGUCCGUUGCUAGACGAGGAUGACGAUACUCAUCACCAUAGCGACGGGCACAUCGUUGUACUCUUCUCUAAUAAGAGUGACGUGUUCACUGACGUCAUAUUCGAUGAUGGUACCGUGCAGUAUGAGUUUACUUUACUGGAACCAACGACGACAUACACCAUAAGAAUUAUACCAUCGGAUGGUAGCGGAUUGGUUCUAGAAGAGAUUGCCACAACACGACCAGCCACCGUCCAAGACAUCGUCCUCUUCGAGGUCACGAACUCAUCAGUGACAGUUUCAUGGACCCUGUUAUCGGGACAAUACAACCGGUACAAAGUGACCCUCACACCAGGUAAAACCCCGUCAGAUGACCCAAUGAUAGUGGACAAGAAUGAGGUCACGAUAAAUGGGCUCGUACCCUUGACGACGUAUGUUGUUUCCGUGGUAACCAUGUACGGGUCGUCAGAGAGUGCACCGGCGGAUAUUGAAGUCACCCCUGGAGUGGAUAAACCUAAUGCGAUUCUAAAGCUUGCAGAUCAGUCUUGCUUAUCGCCGAUUGUUGCGAGUUGUAUACUGUCUGUCUGCCUAUUCUUCAUUGGUUUAUACAUAAUUAGGUUGAGAAUGUGUAACAAGUAUGGUGCGCCACACACUCGACGCACCGAGGAGAACGCUUAUGAGAGUCCCACCCGUCCAAACAGUGACUACUUGCGGUCACCUUCCUACCAGAACACUGAGGGUGCCGGAACCAUCGCCAUGUUACUACGUCACUCACCGCCAAUCAGCGUGACUGGGUACAUGUACCCUCCUAACAUAAAAGGAUCAUUUGGAAAAGGUAGAAGAUAUUCCUCUGGAAGUAAAGACAGUGACGGUAUGCUGACACCUAUUUACGACAACGUCAAAGAAGAAGAUUCAUAAACUAUUUAUCAACGUUUUUUUUUUUUGAGAUAGCAACAGUUUUUGUCGUUAAAGACCCCAACAAAAGGUAAAUUGUUAACAUAUCUAGUACGGUUUGCCUUGCUAAUAUAAGUGACCCUUUGGUGCAUUUUCUAUUUAGGAUAGUUUUAUUGUGGUUCUAUUUUUAAUAGAAUCUACAAUCUGAAUUGAUUGUAAACAUUCACUGGAACCUGAAGUGAGUCAAAACAUGUGCAUUAAAGUCUUUGAAAUGAAAUGGAAAAACAGCUGCUGGAGUUUCAAGUUCAAGUUCAAUUCCAGUUAGUUAUCCCCAAUCUUCUAACAUGUUCAGAGCCAAACUGCAAACGACAAUGUCCAAAAGCACUAUGUGGCUCCACAUUCUUUAACAAGCACUUUCAAAACAUUGCUUGUUUACGAGAUAUUGACGCUUGGUGGCGCUAUCACGUAUACACUAUCGGUGAGAUGAACAUCUGACGAGUGAGUGAUCACGUAUACACACGACCUUGUACAUUCCAAGAAUUUCCUGGCACAAAAGACGCUGCACUUGUCAUACCAGAAAUGUUUGCAGUUUGUGCCACACUUUCCACAUUUAAAGCUGAACAAGUUUUGAGUUUCUAUCAAAAGUAUAGCUGCUGAUGACCAGACAGUGCAAUAUCCAUACCAUUUUAUGUUUUCUUCCAUAAUAAGCCUGUACAAAUCGUGCCUGCAGCGAGGAAAGCCUCCGUUUCUCGUGUGUAAAAUUGUGAUGACACAGGUCAUUGUCUUUUUUUUCACAUGCUUUUUAAUCAAGCAGUUUCUUAUUUUCAACAUUAUGAUAUUUUUGUUUCACUUCUUCGUCCAGUUUAUUACAAUACUAUAAUUAUUUUCUAUAGAACUUACGGGAUAGUUAUCAUGAAAGGUUCAAUAGAAAUGUUUAUGACAAAGUAUUUAGCCGUCAACUAAAAGGAUGUUAUUUGUAAAUAUCGUAGAGAUUGUGGUACUCAAGUCCAAGUGUUCUGAACAAAUGCAAAUAAACAGUGAUAACAUUCAAUGUUA